AUGAUAAUGCUCGUUCGACUUAAUGUCAUAACUAGUCCAACAGAAUCAAAUCGACAUACAAUAAGUUGUUAUCCACAAGAAAAUACUCCUCAAAAACCAAGAAAUUUAAGAAAACUUGAAUAUGAACAACACCAAUUACUAUCAAGAACAGGUGAAGGUGCACAAUUUACUAUGACAAGUGCAGAUGGAACAACAUUUAUUAUAUCAUAUACAUAUGCAAAUGAUGAUGACAUUAAUGAUUUAUCUAAAAAAGAUAAUAGAGAUGUGACAAAUGAUGUAACAUCAUCAACACCAUCAGAAAAUGAACAACAAUCAUCUAAUAAAAAUAUUUUUGAAUUUGUCGAAGGAUUUUUUUCUGGCCGAGAUUGUUUAAUAGGUGGAUCAGGUUGGUGGCAAUAUGAAAUAUGUUAUGGAAAACAUGUUAUUCAAUUUCAUGAUGAAGAAGAAAAACGAACAAUAAUUGUACUAGGAAUAUGGAAUCAUCAAAAACAUGUUGAAUGGAUAAAUACUAAUCCAAACAAAAAAUCUGAUAGCAAUAUUAAAGAACGACAAUACGUAUCUUUAUAUUAUGCCGAUGGAGAUAUAUGUGAAUUAACAAACAUGCCACGUGUUGUUGAAGUUAAAUUAAGAUGCUUAAUAAGAGAAAAUAAAUCUCAUGUUCCAGCAAUGUAUCUUGUUGAACCAGAAAGUUGUUCAUAUGUUUUAGGAAUUGAAUCUUCAGUAUUCUGUGAUUUAAUCGAUUAUAUAGAUGAAAAUGGUAUUCCUGAUUACGACAAAUUGAUGAAGCAUUUUUACGAACAAUAA